AUGCCAAAGCUUGGAGUGAGACUUCGGUUCGGAAACAUUCUUUACUUCACAAGAGUCUCCCACCAAUCAGAGAAGUGGCUUGACACAGUAAGCGUCUCCUUUCCUUUCAACCAUGACUGCCUCGUCGUUAUGGCGCCAAACUCUCCUCCGGUUGCCACCUCUCCGGCCGCCAUGGUGGGCCUCGUGGGUGCAGUUGCAGUCGUGUGCAUGCAUGAGAAGAGGUCCAUAAUCCCUCUCCAUAAUCAGCUAUGCAUGGCGACAAUAAUCUCUGCGUGGCGCAUGGUAGGAGCCAAAAAACAGCUCCAGGACAACCUCUGCAUGGCCAUCUCAGGCGGCGAUGUGGUUGUGCCCCUGUUGGAUCUUCGCCGCGGCCAUCAACUUCGGUGUGACCUUGUCCCACCAACAACUUGCUUGGUAUCUUGUUGGAGGAACACCCAGUGUAUGGUUCUGUGUCUUCUCGUCAUGGUUGGAACCUCAAACUUGGUUGGUUGUAUCUUAGGGGCACCGUCAAGUUCGCCGUCAGCUUGUCCUACAAAGAGCUUCGUUCAUAUCUUCUCCCACAGGUAUGGUUCAUAUGUUGUUUUCCAUGGUUGCAACCUGAAACCGGUUCUACUCGGUGUUGUACUCCAUGCAUAG